UUUGUGCUCUUCGGAUUGUAAAGUGAGUUGAUCCCAAGUUAAGCGGCGAAGCCAGCGGCGCCGCACCGCAAACACUUGUGGGGGGGUUUUACACUGGCACGAAAGCUGCAGCUGGGCGGGUGUGCCAACGCGCGCCCGUGCAGUCAAGAUGAGGUAAUUGAAACAGAUUAGGAGCAGACUUGAACGUAAACACGGGCUGGAUGAAGGACACUUGAUUGCCGUCAUGUGGAAGAGGGGUGUUGGGUUAAUGACCCGGGCUUUCUACUUCACCCCGAAGUGAAGUAAAAAAAAAAAAAAAAAAAAUGCAGCAAUUCAAUCAUUCGCUGCCAGCUGCUUUCCAAGCAGAUUUCCCCAUGUCGCCAGUUGUUUUACAGCAUUUUCAAUCAUCUUUCAACACGCACAGAAUAUUGCAUUCUGUGACAACACAAGAACCAAACCGACCAAAACGAAGACGUCAUUCUGUUCUUUCACGAGAAAAGAAAGUUUGUUUCUCGCUUUUUUUCCCCCCAGUCAGCAGGCCAACAUGGGUUGGUUUUGCCGUUGGCUCUCUAUCCAAAUAGCCGAUAAAACAAGCAGAAUUGUCAAAAGAAAGAAUAGUAGUAUCUCAUGGUAGAUACGGCCAAGCGAUUUCAUGUUGAUUGCUGAAACUGAUGUCUCAAACGUUCAGAGAAUCCUCAAAAUGAUUCCUGGAACUUUUACGCCACAUUACGCCCCGAAUUAUAGCCUAUGGUCGAGAGCCCAAAAACCUCUGUGGCUAUGCCAUUUGCCUCAAAAUGGCCGCUUCAAACUCAAAUGCAUGAGUUCCUGUUUGAUUUCCGACACCGCAGGGGGCACAACGUGACGGAAUUCACCCAAAAAUGACUUCCUGCGGAGUUUCCUGCGCGAAACCUUUUUUGUUUGUCCUGUCAUGAAAGACAUAGCCACCGAAUUUCAUAUCAGUCGGCGAUACGGUUGCGCGUCAUUUUUGUUCACUUUCCAGGAGCUAACUCGUGAAGGGAUUUGCCCCAAAUAGCUGCCAUCCUGAUCAGUUCCAAACAUGGAUCCUUGAGAAUGUUUUCGUGCAUCCUUGGUGAGGACAAACCUUCCACCAAAUUUUGUUGUCUGUGACACUGGCCAAACUAUUCCCAAGAUGGCCUUCAUACUGCCUGGUGCUCAGGUCCAAAUGAAAACGUCGGAAGUUAAAACACGCUUCCGAAGGCCACGUGAUGAUCAUCUCCUCCGAGGGAAUAGCUGAACUCUAUCCACCAUAUCAACAAUAUUCAAUUCACGCUAGCAGAUAACAUGUCGGCUGAUAUUUCACCUGUCCAGUUUAUCACAAAGUGCAGCUAUCAGUAGUUCCUCCAGCUCCGUAAAGAUACAAAACACCAUCAAACCCCCCCAGCAUUCAUUUUCCCUUCAGUCUUUAUCGACGCGCUUCGAAUGGACCAGACGAUAUCGCUGCUCUCUCGCUCCGACGCUAAAUGGAAGCAUUGUGAGGAAAUAUGUCCCGUGAUUACAUUUUUUUUUUUUUCUCUCCCCAUUUUUAUUCACACCGAUGAAGCGGGAGCGCUCUCGAUCUGAUAUGUCGCAAAGCACCUUUCCCGUGUCACUUUUCAACGUCGCGGGGGAAAACAUCCAAUCUGCAGCCGAUGUGAUAUGCGUCCGCAUUAUUCGCGCACAAAAAGCUAAAGUCAUUAUGUUGUCCGUGAGUGACACAUUAACACUACCAAUGUGCAUUGAGUUAAAAUAAAUCAAUCAAUGAUCGUGUUAAUGCUCGAAAUUGCUUCAUGUCUUCAACAUUGUUAGUCUCGGACCAAUAAUAUUAAAACUGUUUGUCCUGGUGAAAAUGUGUGCUUGUUAAGAGUCUGAUUGUAUUUCUGAGUGACAAUUUCAGAUGGAUGGACAUUCAGACCAUUGAAAUAUGUAAUGCAUUGGAUUGGAUAUAAUUCAAAUCAAGGAUGAGUUACGAGAACCAAUUUGACCUUGAUUUGGACUUGUCUAAAAAGGAACAGGUAGAUAAUAAUACGACAGGUAGAUAAUAAUACGACAUUUUUUUUUUUUUAACGCUGUUUCUAAGUCUUCUUUUCCCCCCUUGUCGCUCAGUUUAACUUUGCCUGUAGGACAGAUUGGAUCGACAUCAAAUAAGCCAAAUAUAAUUACAACCGAGAAGCAUUAGAUCAUUUAAAAAAAGAAGAAGACAAAUUUGCAUUUGCGUCAGUAAAGUGAUUCCAUCUGUUCAAGGAGACAACCUUUUGUCCUUACUAUUUUUAUCAUUAUUAAAGAGACGCAAGCUUGUUGGUUUUCAGUAUUCAGCGUCACAAAUAAAUGGGAAAUAUGCUUCCUCACCCUAACAGCCUGUUUUUUUUUUUUUUUUCCCAAUUUGUACGUUUAACGAUGCUGACUUUCAUGAAGUGGUCGCUUGCUGUCAAAGCAUGAAAUUUCAGCGGCGGGCGAGCGAGCGAGAUGAAAGCACAACGGAGCGCCGACAAUCCAUCUAUUUCCGUCCCGAGUUCACGCUCGCCCAAAUAGCAGUAGGUGACUGAGAUGGGCGUUCGUCCGAGCGCCUCCCUGCGGUGGCCGUUGUUGCUGAUGCUGCUCUACAGCGCCACCUCCCGCUGCUCCGGCCGGCCCUUCGGGAUCCCGGCGCCCGCCGUGAACGUGGCGGUAGUCUUCAGCGGCUCGGCCUACCAGGCGGAGAUCAAGGGGCGACUGAGUCGCGAGAACUUCAUGGACCUGCCUCUGGAGGUGAACCCCAUCACUGUGUUGGUGAACAACACCAACCCGAGAGCGCUGCUCACUCGCAUCUGCGACACGCUCUCCGCCAACCGCGUCCAUGGCGUGGUGUUCGAGGACAACGUGGGCUCCGAGGCCGUGGCCCAGAUCCUGGACUUCAUUUCCACUCAGACCGGCGUGCCCAUCGUGGGGAUCAGCGGAGGCUCCGCCGUCGUCCUCCCGUACAAGGCGGAGGGCUCCAACUUCCUGCAGCUGGGCUCAUCCAUCGAGCAGCAGAUCAACGGCAUGUUCAAGGUGAUGGAGGAGUACAACUGGGACAGCUUCGUGGUCAUCACCAGCCUGUACCCAGGCUGCGAGGGCUACGUGAAUUACGUUAAGGCCUACAUCGAUACCAGCUACUUCAUAUGGGAGCUCCAGGAUGUUCUGACAUUCGACAUGUCCGCCGACAACACCAACGAUAUCCGAGCGCGACGACUGCUGCAGCAGAUCGACGCCCAGGUGCUCCUGGUUUAUUGUUCCCAUGAAGAGGCCCAGUAUCUCUUCACCAUGGCCGCCGAAGCCGGACUGGUGGGGCCCGGCUACAUCUGGAUUAUUCCCAGCUUGGCCCUGGGCAACCCGGACAUGCCGCCGCCCGACAGUUUCCCCGUGGGGCUCAUCAGCGUCAUCACUGACCGCUGGAGGAUGAGCCUGAGAAAGAGGGUACGGGAUGGCGUGGCCAUCGUGGUGAAAGGCGUGCAGAGUUACCGCAAGCAGAGGGGCUUCUCUCCGGAGGGACAAAACGACUGCCACAAUCCCGUCAAGACCGUGGCUACCAACGACACGCUCUUCAGGCACAUGCUGAACGUCACCUGGGAGCACAACGACUUCUCCUUCAACGCCAACGGCUACCUGGUGAACCCGGCAAUGAACAUCAUCACUCUGGACCGAGAGAGGCAGUGGGACAAGGUGGGGACUUACGAGAUGAGUAUGCUCCAGAUGAGGUACCCAGUGUGGCCCCGCUAUGGCUCCUACCUGGAGCCCGUGUCCGACUACAGGCACCUGACAGUGGCCACGCUGGAGGAGCGCCCCUUUGUCAUCGUAGAGGCCGUGGACCCCUUGACCGGGACCUGCGUCAGCAACACGGUGCCGUGCCGACGACAGUCCAACAAGACCGAGGCCAUCGUGGGCCACACGGAGCCGUACACCAAGCUGUGCUGCAAAGGCUUCUGCAUCGACAUCCUCAAGAAGCUGUCGCGCAAUAUCAAGUUCUCCUACGACCUCUACCUGGUCACCAACGGCAAGCACGGCAAGCUGGUGCGUGGCAUCUGGAACGGCAUGAUCGGCGAGGUUUUCUACAAACGUGCCGACAUGGCCAUCGGCUCGCUGACCAUAAACGAAGAACGCUCAGAGAUUAUCGACUUCUCGGUGCCCUUUGUGGAGACGGGCAUCAGCGUCAUGGUGGCCAGGAGUAACGGCACCGUCUCGCCGUCUGCCUUCCUAGAGCCGUACAGUCCGGCCGUGUGGGUGAUGAUGUUCGUCAUGUGUCUCACCGUGGUCGCUAUUACCGUAUUCGUCUUUGAAUACUGCAGCCCGGUGGGCUACAACCGCAGCCUGGUGACGGCCAAAGAUCCCGGUGGUCCCACCUUCACCAUCGGGAAGUCGGUGUGGCUUCUGUGGGGAAUCGUGUUCAACAACUCGGUACCCAUCGAGAACCCCAAGGGGACCACCAGUAAGAUCAUGGUACUGGUGUGGGCCUUCUUCGCCGUCAUCUUCCUGGCAUCCUACACGGCCAACCUGGCCGCCUUCAUGAUCCAGGAGCAGUACAUCGACACCGUGUCCGGACUCAGUGACAAGAAGUUCCAAAAGCCUCAAGAGCAAUACCCUCCGUUCCGCUUCGGCACGGUGCCCAACGGCAGCACGGAGCGAAACAUCCGCAGCAACUACCCCGAGAUGCACUCGCACAUGGUCAAAUACAACCAGAAAGGGGUCGAGGACGCUCUAAACAGCCUCAAGACCGGGAAGCUAGACGCCUUCAUCUACGACGCCGCGGUGCUCAACUACAUGGCGGGGAAAGACGAGGGCUGCAAACUGGUGACCAUCGGCAGCGGAAAAGUGUUCGCCACCACCGGAUACGGCAUAGCCCUGCAGAAGGACUCCCGAUGGAAAAGACCCAUAGACCUGGCCCUGCUACAGUUCCUGGCUGACGGCGACACUCAGAAGCUGCAGACUGUGUGGCUGACGGGGAUCUGCCGCAACGAGAAGAAGGAGGUGAUGAGCAGCAAGCUGGACAUCGACAACAUGGCGGGCGUCUUCUACAUGCUGCUGGUGGCCAUGGGCCUCAGCCUGUUGGUCUUUGCUUGGGAGCAUCUGCUCUACUGGAAGCUGCGACACUCGGUGCGAAGGUCCGACCGCCUCGACUUCCUCCUGGCCAUCAGCAGGGGCAUCUACAGCUGUUACAACGGUGUGGAGCAGACAGACCACAAUGGCAGCGUCCAGAGUCCCGACGUCACCACCAACUACUCGCAGGCUAACAUGCUAAAGAUGCUAAAGACCGCCAAGGAUAUGGUGUCCUCCGCCCGGGUGGAGAACUCUCUGGACAGCGCCACCAAGACCUUGGAGAGCUGGAGCCGGCGGGGGACGGCCGACAACACCCGGGCAUGCCUCCCGCCCCGCGUGGGCACCACUGCAGACGUGGCACACUGCCGCCUGCCUUACAUUGCCAGCAUCACCGACAACCACUCCCCGUACUCGGUGAGAAGCCGCACUCCUACCUUCCCCGUCCACUAUGGGGACCCCGCCGCCCAGCCCCUCUUGGACAAAACGCGGGUGGUCACCCGGCCCACGCCGCUGCGCUACACGCUCCCCGCCCGCAACAAUCUCUUAGAGAGGACACUGCCCAUCUCCAGCCUCAGCAGUCCCCAGCUCGCCAUGCCCGAUGUGUCGCCAGGCGCUGCCGCCCAGCCCCACCACGGCAGUCGGCUCUACGUUGAGAACCCGGUUCGGCACCCAGCAUCCCCGUUCAUCACCUACCGGGAAAUCCAGGUGCCCAAUGUCUACGUGGAGCAUAAAGUCCCCCUGAGGAGGAAGCUGAGUUACCCCCCCGACUGCGGCGGCCGCAGGAGGCGCAGCUACAUGUUCGACGCCCCCGACCUGAGAUCGAGAGCCGACUACGACGACCCACGAUCCUGCCUGGCUGAGCUCAGGGCCAACCAGCUGAUGAAAAACCACACCCCGGACACCAUCCCGGGAUACUAUCCUUGUGCAUCAGCGGGACACUACCCAGGUGCCACACCGGGACAUUACCCGAGUGCCGCUGCCAGCUGUAACUCCUGCAUGAAGUCGUAUCCUGAACCCGAGAUGGAUGACAUACCUCUGUUGGGCAAAGAUAAACUCAACCGCAGAGCCUCUUUCCUCAAAGCCACCUGGGGCAACGAGCGCAUCCGGCAGGUGGACGAGACCAAGCCGUCCACCUCCACGCCGCCCGGCGCCGACAUGCCCGACCUGUUUCCUCGGGUGGUGGUGCCGGCCAAUGCCAAGCCCCACAAGCUGUAUGGCAGCCUGGGCCACAACCUGUCCUGCUACCCUCUGGCUGCUGAGCCCGCCUACUUGGACCCGGCUCACAUGGGCUCGUACCCUUACAAGCAGAAACUCAAGUACUCCGACCCCACCCGGCUGCCGUCGUACCGGGAGGCCAUCCUGCAGAACGCCGCCGCCUUGCGCCGGUCAUCGUCCACGUUGGUGCACAGACAAUACUCAACCUACCUGAACUCUUACUCGGACCUGCCGGUCUAUGUUGCACCGCCCCCGACCCAGUUCUACGACAGCCCCAAAGACAUGUGCCACCUGUUCCCGUGCGCCACCCACUGCCCGGAACAUGCUGCUGCCCGGCCCGUGGCCUACCAGAACAGUAUGUUUGGGGCCAACCGGGACGAGCCUGUUUCGGUGGGCAGGGAACGACGGCAGGUGUUGGUGGCGCGCCGGGUGAACAGUCCAUUUGUGCCAAAACCCUGGGGGAGGGUCUCUAGCCUGGAGUCGGAGGUGUGAAGAAGCAAAAAAUAAAUGAAUAAAAGUGACCACCGCCAGUGUAUUUUGAGAGGUUACCUCUCAGUUCUCAGUGCAAUAAAAACACAAGACACAAGACACUGACUCACUACUGGGACAAACCAGGAACAAACUCUUGAAAAGCAUUUAACAAGUUAACCUCGCUGUCAUUUUUAAAUGCUGACACAGCGGUACCUUGACUUACGACAGAUCCAACGGUUUUCAGGUUACGACAACUCGCCUGCUCGAUUAUUUUUCUUUGUGGGGCAGCAAUUAAGGUCCUGUAAUGUCCAAGUGGGCAAGGACAGACACAGUUGCCGAGAAACUUUCAUAGAACGGGACAAAUACAAAAUGAGAAGGCCACAACUGACGUCCCGACACUCCCACGCAUAACCGACCAGGUUCCCAGUGUCACUCACUAGGCCACGCCCCUUAAAGGCACAGGUACAAGUACAAAGAGAAAUAACACUUUUUAAAACCACUUUCUUUACAUUCUCUUUUAUGUUUUGGUAUGUUUUUAUAAAAUAAAGUGCUAUUUUUCUUUAUUAAAAACGUGACCAUAAAGACGUUUUGGGGUGGCUGAGCAGAUUAAUGGCGCUUGAAUUCAUUUCACUGGGGAAAAUUGAUUUGAUAUCUAACGAGGUUAUGAGUUGAACUGAACUCGUAAGUCAAGGUACCAAUGUGUGUGUGUGUGUGUGUGUGUGUGUGUGUGUGUGUGUGUGUGUGUGUGUGUGUGUAUAUAUAUAUAUAUAUAUAUGUAUAUAUAUAUAUAUAUGUAUGUAUAUAUGUAUAUAUAUGUAUAUAUAUAUAUAUAUAUAUUUGGUAUAUUGCUGCCAUUUGCUAAAAUCAUUUAAGUUCUUUUUUUUUUCUUUUCUCAUUCAUGAACACACAAGCACCCCAUAUUGAUAGGAAAAAAACGGAAUUGUUGAAAUUGUUGCAAAUUUAUUAUAAAAUAAAAACUGAAAUAUCACACAGCCAUAAGUAUACAGACCCUUUGCUCAGUAUUUAGCCGAAGCACCCUUUGGAGCUAAAACAGCCAUGAGUCUUUUUGGGAAUGAUGCAACAGGUUUUUCACACCUGGAUUUGGGGAUCCUCUGCCAUUCCUCCUUGCAGAUCCUCUCGAGUUCUGUCAGGUUGGAUGGUGAACGUUGGUGGACAGCCAUUUUCAGGUAUCUCCAGAGAUGCUCAAUUGGGUUUAUGUCAGGGCUCUGGCUGAGCCAUUCAAGAACAGUCACAGAGUUGUUCUUAAGCCACUCCUUCGUUAUUUUAGCUGUGUGAUUAGGGUCAUUGUCUUGUUGGAAGGUGAACCUUCAGGCCAGUCUAAGGUCCUGAGCACUGUGGAGAAGCAUUUUGUCCAGGAUAUCCCUGUACUUGGCCGCAUUCAUCUUUCCUUCGAUUCCACCCCCACAGCAUGAUGCUGCCACCACCAUGCUUCACUGUUGGGACUGUAUUGGACAGGUGAUGAGCAGUGCCUGGUUUUCUCCACUCAUACCGCUUAGAAUUAAGGCCAAAAGGUUCUGUCUUGGUCUCAUCAGGCCAGAGAAUCUCACCAUCUUGGAGUCCUUCAGGUGUUUUUUUAGCAAACUCCAUGCAGGCUUUCAUGCGUCUUGCACUGAGGAGAGGCUUCCGUCGGGCCACUCUGCCAUAAAGCCCCGACUGGUGGAGGGCUGCAGUGAUAGUUGACUUUCUAGAACUUUCUCCCAUCUCCCGACUGCAUGUCCGGAGUUUUGCCACAGUGAUCUCUAGGUUCUUCUUUACCUCUCUCACCAAGGCUCUUCUCUCCCGAUUGCUCGGUUUGGCCUGACGGCCAGCUCUAGGAAGGGUUCUGGUCCUCCCAAACGUCUUCCAUUUCAGGAUGAUGGAGGCCACUGUGCUCUUAGGAACCUUAAGCGUGGCUGAAUUGUUUUUUGUAACCUUGGCCACAAUUCUGUCUCUGAGCUCUUCAGGCAGUUCCUUUGACCUCCUGAUUCUCAUUUGCUCCGACAUGCACUGUGAGCUGUAAGGUCUUCUAUAGACAGGGGUGUGGCUUUCCUCAUCAAGUCCAAUCAGUAUAAUCCAACACAGCUGGACUCCAAUGAAUAGAAUCAUUUUAAGGAUGAUCAGAAGAAAUCGGACAGCACCCGAGUUCAAUGUGAGUGUCACAGCAAAGGGUCUGAAUACUUAAGGCUGUGGGAUAUUUCAGUUUUUCUUUUUUAAUAAAUCUGCAAAAAAUUUCAACAACUCCGUUUUUUAUCGGUCAUUAUGGGGUGCCGUGUGUACAUUAAUGAGGGGAAAAAAAUAAACUUAAAUGAUUUUAGCAAAUGGCUUCAAUGUAAGAAAGAGUGAAAAGAGGUCUGAAUACUUUCCGUACCCACUGUAUAUAACUUAACAUUUGUUUUUCUUUGACUUUUCUAAAAUGAUUUCAAGUAAGCAAAUUUUUUGCCAUCACUAUAUAGCGACAAGUCUUCCGCUCACAAGGGGAACAUAUAUAAAAACGUGUAAUGUGUAUUUCCAAUGUUACGCUACCCUUUAAUAAACAACAAUGUCAUUG